AUGUCGACUUCCCAGGAAUUUCACACACGGCUUUUUAUCAACAAUGAGUAUGUACCCGCUAAAUCAGGAACCCUCUUCGCCGUCCGCAAUCCCUACGACGAUUCCCUCGUAUCCGAUUCAGUCCACCAUGCCGGUCAAGAAGACGUUGACAGCGCCGUGUCAAUCGCUCUAAACGCAUACAAUGGUCCCUGGGGGUCCAUGCCCGGGCAAGAAAGAGCCAAACGAAUGCUGGCGCUUGCAGACUUGCUCGAUGCUCAAGGCGCCGAGCUAGCAACGCUCGAGAGUCGUGCGAUCGGACUGCCCAUCACCAUGGCGCGGGGUAUAGCAGGCUUCAUCGGAACGAUAUGGCGCUAUUAUGCCGGUUUCUGUGACAAGCUCCCGGGAGAGUUUGUGCCCGAGGGGGACAAUCGCGUAUACAAGAUCGUUCGACACGACCCGUUUGGCGUCUGUGCGGGGAUCGGGGCCUGGAAUGCGAGUCUCUUCUUUUUCAGCAUGAAGAUUGCGCCCGCGGUCGCGGCGGGGAAUACGUUCAUCUUCAAAACGUCGGAGAAGUCUCCACUGGGAGCGUUGCAGAUCGGGGAAUUGAUCGUCAAAGCGGGUUUCCCGCCCGGCGUCAUCAACAUACUGAACGGGGACGGAAAGACGGGCGCACUUCUAGCGUCGCACAUGGACAUCGGCCGGCUGAGCUUCACAGGCUCAGUGGAGACCGGAAAGAAGAUUCAGGUCGCGGCCACCCAGAGCAAUUUGAAAAGAGUCACGCUUGAACUGGGCGGCAAGUCCCCGUCGAUAAUCUUCGACGACGCCGACCUGGAAAAUGCCUUAUUGCACUCUUCGCAGAGCUUCCUCGUUCAUUCGGGACAAAUUUGCGUGGCCGCAUCGCGGGUGUUGGUGCAUAAAUCUAUAGUUGAUUCCUUUGUAACUGGGUUGAAGGCAAGAUUCGAGGCGCUCGCGGGGGCAUCAGGCGAUCCCAGCCAGGAUUCCACCUUCCUCGGCCCGGUCGUCGAUGCCGGCCAAAAAGACAGGAUUGUCUCCCUCGUCAAGGGAACGGAAAGCGGAAGCCCGACUGUGGUUCUAACCGGGGGCGAAGCUAACAAGAAUUUCGUGACGCCAACCAUUCUGCUUAAUCCACCUGUUGACUCGGCUGCCUGGCGGGAAGAGAUAUUCGGUCCAGUUGUCUGCGUUCGCUCUUUUGAAACGGAAGACGAGGCAAUCAGCCUGGCGAACGAAACAACUUAUGGACUUUCUUCAUGCGUAUUCACCCAGGAUAUCCCCCGGGCACUGCGACUUGCCAAACGUAUUCAGGCCGGGGCGGUCGCGAUCAACUCCAAUCACCAGCCGGAUUAUGAUCAGCCCUUAGGAGGUUGGAAGCAGAGCGGAAAUGGUAGUUAUGAAGGUGGCCGGGCAGCGGUGUUGAGCUAUUUGCAGGCAAAAGCUGUUCUCAUCAACUUUCCGGCGGCCAAGCUAUGA